AUGCCAUUAAACCACUUUGGCUUUAGAACGGGCUCGUGUCUGCUGCUGCCGCACCGCGCCGUAGCGGGGGGUCCGCCGGGCCGCCAGGGGGCGCCGCCUCCGCCGCGGGACCGCCCGUGCCGGCCCGCCCCGCCGCGCCGCGCCGCACGCCGGGAACAGGUCACCAUGGCGGCCCGUGUCCUCUCGGCCUGCGCCCGCCGCCUGCUGCCCCGGCCGGGCCCCGCCGCGCUCCGCUCCCUCACCCGCCGCGCCCCGCAGGGCCCGGCCGCGCUGCUGCCGCUGCCGCAGGUAAGGCCCGGCGCGGGCGGGGGGCGGGCGGCGCUGCCCGGGGCCGCUGUGUUGCAGGUGCCGCCCUGCCGCCGGUUCUCCGAGCUGCCGCCCCUCACCCUGGAGGACAUCAAGGAGCGCGUCCUCUACGUGCUCAAGCUGUACGACAAGAUCGACCCGGAGAAGCUCACAGCGGAGUCCCACUUCAUGAAAGACCUGGGCUUGGACAGCUUGGACCAAGUGGAGAUCAUCAUGGCCAUGGAGGACGAGUUCGGAUUUGAAAUUCCCGAUGGAGACGCAGAGAAGUUAAUGUGUCCGCAGGAGAUUGUAGAUUACAUUGCAGAUAAGAAGGAUGUUUAUGAAUAA